GUUGACAAGCGGAACUAGCAAACGAGACCCAGAAAAGUUUGCGGCUCCUGUGGCAGAAGUGCGAGACAUAAAAUCCCUAAAUUCUUCUUUCCCAACAGGGCGACGCAGACUCUCUCUCUCCGUCUUUUGUUGUUGAGUUGUUGAACCAUGACAAUUGAGAUCCGUUGUUUUUGUUCUGGAGCGCUGCAAAGAGAAACAGACAAAUGUGCUAAAGUUGAAACCCCUAGCGGCGCCCUUGCGGUCCACUUUAUCCUCUUAAAGAGAACUGGAAGCCGGAGGUUUGAUAGUUUGGGAGGCAUAACUUAUGAUCACCCUGCAACCUUCGUAUCUCGCCGAGUAAUUGCCAUCUAUCCCUCUCCUUUCUUAUCCAACAGGCCUACCUUUACAAAGACCCUAAACGAGUUUCUUUCUAGCGACUUCCCUGACGUCCCAGAUUAUGAACACCCCGACAUUAUUGAAAAAACGUUUAAGGUUGUCGAAGGAGCUGUGCUUGGGUUGCCUAUUGAAGUCGUCAUUAUGGAUAUCAAUGUCCGAUUAUGUGGCUGUGUAACGAGUCUCGAUGAAUAUCGUAUGAGCCUUGAUAGGGUCACAAGGGAACUCAUGGAAUGGUCCAAGCGUCUUGUUGCAACUAAAUUAUCAAUUGAUGGUUUGAAGAAAGUGACACUUGACAGUUUGGAUCUUGCUGCAAAACAAACAUCCUGUGUUAUUUGUAGGGAAGAUCUUGAUCGCAUUGCUGUUGUAGAAAAAAGAAUCGAUCAUCCGUUGAUGAUUACUCGCUUGCCCUGCUCACAUAUGUAUCAUGGGGAUUGCAUUGCUGAGUGGCUGCAGAUGAGUCACUUGUGUCCUUACUGCCGCUAUCCAUUGCCAGUUACGAGAGUGCCUUGUGAGCUUCCAAUCUUGGAGGUGAAAGAUCAAGGACCAGUGGUUGAAGUUACCAAUGAGCAGCCAAUUGUUGAAGUUACAAAUGAGCCGCCAAUUUCAGAAGUCGCUGGUGAGCUACAGAUUGCAGAAAUGGCAGGUGAAGGGCCAAUUAUUGAACCUACGGAUGAGCAGCCAAUUUUGGAAGUAGCCUGUGAGCAACCAGUUUUUAAAGUGGCUGAUAAGCCACCAAAACCCUCCAGGCAGGUUGAUUGGCGUAUGCUUCUCAAAAUGUCUGGAUGUGGUAUCGUAGCUGCUAUGCUGCUUUCUAGAUUAUUGAAAACGAAUUGAGGAAACUAUGAGCAUCUUUUUUGUAUAUGCCGUGCGGUAACCAUGACUUGUGUUUUUGGU